CAGAACGCUCAUAUCAACCCUACUCCUCGGCCAUAGCGUCCAGUAUGCCCCCCGAGAGCGAAACACUCUGAAUUUACGUAAAUUCAGAGCGGCCCAUGUCCUCUGGCACUCCAGAGUAAAUUUACGAACGCACCCUAUAAUGGUGACGUGUAGUUCUGUGGAUCAUCCACAUGAUUCUGAACAUAGAACAGGUCAAGAGGGGUUUCAUUAAUUACUACAGUCACAAUUGGCUAUCGUAAAAAGGAUAUGGUUAGUCAUAAGGUUAGCAGUGUAUUUAAGGGUUAAGUUUAAAGUUUAAAAGAAGAUACAUUGUAGAUAUAGGCGGGGUUUAUGACUUAGUGGCUGUGGUAAAUAGUGACAACAUUCAUCCAUUCCGAAACUGAUGAGGCGAUUAGCCUAGAUUUUGUUUUACUACGUUUCAGUUCGGUGGUGAUCAAUACUUGACAAUGGCUGGGGAAAUGUCUAUGAUCGGAUCGGUCAUUCUGGCUUUAUUUCUGGCUGGCUAUCUGGGCCAGCAGUAUCUGCCUCCACCGAAACCCAAAGUGAUCGGCCUAGAUCUGGGGACCACUUUCUGCUCCGUAGGAGUAUUCCACCCGGGUACCGGGAAUGUGGAGGUGAUAGGGGAUGAGGAGGGGCGGAAGAGCAUCCCGAGUGCGGUGUCGUUCACAUCUACCGAAGUCCUCGCCGGUCACGAGGGUCAGAAUCUGGCCGACAGCAAUCCUGAAAACACCAUCUAUGAUGCCAAGCGGUUUAUUGGAAAGAUAUUCGAACAAGAGCUCCUUGAGCAGGAAAGUGCUCGUUAUCCAUUCAAGGUGAUAAACAACAAUGGCAGUGCAGAGUUCUUUGUCACCACCAACCAGACGUUCACAGUUACUCCUGAAUUCAUUGGUUCUCGGCUGCUUCUGAAGAUGAGGAAGAUGGCGGAGCGUCACCUGGGUGUCCCCAUUCAGAGGGCUGUUAUCUCUGUCCCUGCUGAGUUUGAUGAGAGACAGAGGAACUACACCAUCAGGGCUGCCAACCUGGCCGGACUGGACAUCCUGCGUGUGAUCAACGAGCCCACAGCUGCAGCGAUGGCGUAUGGGUUACACAAGGUGGACGUGUUCAACGUGCUGGUGGUAGACCUGGGAGGAGGAACGCUGGAUGUCUCUCUGCUCAACAAACAGGGGGGCAUGUUCCUCACCAGAGCCAUGGCAGGUAACAACAAGCUGGGGGGACAGGACUUCAGCCAGAGACUGCUCCAGUACACCAUGGAGAGGGUCCGCCAGCAGUACGGCGUUCCCCCCACCCUCAAAGAGGACAUCCACCAUCUCCGCCAGGCCGUGGAGGCAGCCAAGCUCAACCUCACCCUGCAGCCCAGCGCCGACCUCAGGGUACCCCUGCACCUGGAGCCCCAAGGAGACGCCAAGCAACCCCCACAGGGGCCCACCGAGGACCCAAUCCCAGUCGUCUUCCAAGCAGUCAUAACCCGUGAGCUGUUUGAAGAGUUGAACGCCGACCUCUUCCAGAAGAUUCUGGCGCCUGUAGAGACAGUGCUGGCCGAGGGCCACCUGGGGAAGGAGGAGGUGGAUGAGAUAGUUCUGGUGGGAGGCUCCACACGCAUCCCUAGGAUCAGGAAGCUGAUCAGUGAGUACUUUGGGAAGGAGCCCAACACCUCAGUGGACCCAGACUUGGCAGUGGUGACUGGGGUGGCCAUCCAGGCUGGCAUCAUGGGGGGCUCCUGGCCCCUACAGGUCAGCGCUAUAGAGAUCCCCAACAGACACCUCCGCAAGACCGUCUUCAAUUGAUCUAGUCUAGAGGUAGCAAGGAUGCCACCAGACAGAUACUUGCCAUAUUAAAGGAUCGUCUGCAUUCUAACUGUUAAUUGUGCUUCUCCAUCUUCACAAGGUCUGAUGAGGUUAAAAUAUGAUCUUCAGCUGCAAUAUGUUCUCACAGAGAAACUCAAAUUACACCAUCACUUUUUUACAGUCAACCCAACUUAUUAGACCAACUGUCAUAGAUUGAAAAUUGUGUUCAACUCAGGGAACAACCUUUUAUUUCUAGAGAACUGUGACCAGCCAAGACACCUUCAGCUAUUUAUUUAUUUAUUUCUAGUGCUUGUACUGUGGGGGGGGGUGUACAUGAGGUGUUGUUUUUCAGUGGACGACAACGUGCUUGUGCCUUUUCAGAGAGCUGCACUAUUAGGCUUUGUGCUUAAGUCACCUGAUAUGAAGAACCACCAGUCCUUUAGGGGGUCCUAUUGACGAAGGCAUAAUGCUAUUAGUUUCGGACCAAAUAUUUUUGCACACAUUGUUACUAGCUUUACAUUCAAACAAUAGCCUAUGCUCAGCUUUGUAUGGGUUAACAGAUUUUCUAAAUAAGGGACAUGCUCAGUAUUCCACUAACUUAUUAGCCAGCAUCAUCAUUCUGGUGCAAUUGAAUUAAGAAUCACUGGCUGACAUGUAAGUAAGUGCCAUAAAAACACAGGACUAGGCUUAUGGUGCCUGUUUGAAGUGUUACCGUGUCUCACAAGACUGCAGGUGGACAGUAAUGGUUGAGGCAUUACAGCCCCUGGAAUUAGAGGACAAACAUGUUUGUUGACAAACAAUUUGCAUGCAUAUCUUGUUGAACGUGCCUCGGAUACUGCAGUUCUCGGGGCGGCAGCGUAGCCUAGUGGUUAGAGCGUUGGACUAGUAACCGGAAGGUUGCAAGUUCAAACCCCCGAGCUGACAAGGUACAAAUCUGUCGUUCUGCCCCUGAACAGGCAGUUAACCCACUGUUCCUAGGCCGUCAUUGAAAAUAAGAAUUUGUUCUUAACUGACUUGCCUAGAGGUAUAAAACAGUUCUCUAGCGAUAUGUUAUAGGAAUUUAUCUAGGACUGUUCCAUUUCAACGGAGUAUGUAGAUGAAGAUUUUUGUACUGCAAAUUUUGCUCCUCCAAAUGGCUCCCUUAUAUCUGCUUGUACUACAUGCUGCUUUAAAUAAAUCCUGAAUUACCCAAAA